AUGAUUCCAGAACCUGUUGUGUCCUUGACAAGAACUACGGCUGUAGCAGCCUUCUCCCUUGUUAUCUUCCCCUCGUUGACUACUUGGAGUACCUUGUUGACCCCUUGCUGUUCGACUCAAGACGAGCUUCCCCUGCCUCCGUCCGUCUGCGAUCAGCAAGCACGAGCGCAACCCCGUAAUACAUACAACGCCCCCGGGUUCCUGCCCAAUGGUGCCGCUCCUCACCAGGGCCCGGUACCCGGCGCUACACCUCUCCUUCCGAACCAAGGCCGCGUUUUGCAAACUGGUCCCACCAGAGUUCUCUGCAUUGCAGAUGUUCGGGGUAACCUUCGGUCUUUGAACGAGCUCGCCAAGUCCGCCCGCGCCGACUACAUCAUUCACACUGGUGACUUUGGUUUCUACGACGAGACAUCUCUCGAGCGUAUUGCGGAGAAAACCCUGAAACAUGUUGCCCAAUAUUCGCCCCUGAUUUCCGAGACCACGAAGAAGGCCAUUGCGCAAGCCGCUUCCGGUCCCGUCAAGAGCCGCUUCCCCGCUAGCGAGCUUCCUCUUUCCGAGCUGCCUCUCCUCAUUUCAGGCGAACUGAAGCUGGAUGUUCCCGUCUAUACUGUCUGGGGUGCUUGUGAAGAUGUCCGGGUGCUCGAGAAGUUCAGAUCAGGAGAGUACAAGGUGCCUAACCUGUUUGUGAUCGAUGAGUCUCGGUCGAAGCUCCUCGAAAUCGGCGGUGUCAAGCUGCGUCUUCUCGGUUUGGGCGGUGCUGUCGUUAUGCACAAGCUUUUCGACAACGGUGAAGGACGGACUACGAUCGCCGGUGGACAAGGUACAAUGUGGACUACACUCCUCCAGAUGGGCGAGCUUGUCGACACUGCCAACCGCGUCUACGACCCUACCGAGACCCGUAUCUUCAUCACCCACGCUUCUCCUGCUCGUGAGGGCAUCCUCAACCAGCUUUCGGUAACUCUCAAGGCGGAUUUCUCCAUUUCGGCUGGUCUUCAUUUCCGUUAUGGAAGCUCCUACAACGAGUUCAGCGUCAACCCGACAUUGGAUCACUACCGUGGCAAGCUGGCCGCUUCCAAGGCGUCUUUCAACGAUGUGUGGGAAACUGUCCGCAGUGAGGUCGAGCCCGCGAUUCAGCAGAAUGAUGUCCAACAGACUUUGCUUAAGAACGCUCUUAGUGUUGUCGAGAAGAUGCCUACGACUGCUGCUGGCGGCAACCCUUUCGGUGGCGCAGCUGCGGGUCAGUCGGCCGCCGCGCUCGGUCAAGUCGACGAGAGUGCCUUCAAGAACAUGUGGAACUUUAACCUUGCUGAUGCCGCGUUUGGCUGGCUGGUGCUGGAAAUUCACGACGGAAGGAUUGGAACUGAGAUGAGAGCUCAGGGAUUCAACUUCUCCCAUCGCGGGGCUAAGCAGCCCGUUUAUGCGGGCCAGGGUGCCGUCCCUCCCUCGGCCGGAGGAGCUAACCCCGUUCCUACUGGCCCCGCUGCCGCUUCUACACCCGUCCAACCCGCAGCGCAGCCCGCGCCUGCUGUACCUGCGGUCCCCGUUGUCCCCAAGCAGCCCCCCGCGCAAACCGCUAAGCCCGCUGCCCCGUCUCCGGCUCCGACACAACCCAAGGCGGCCACACCACAGCCUGCUUCUGCAGCCUCGUCCGCAUCGAGAGAGUCUGAGAAGCCGGCAUCCGCUCCCACGAACGGAGCUUCCAAUAACCCGGAGCCUACCCCUUCCCCGGCGCCCAAGAGCGCUGCCGAGAGUAUCAUUGGCCUCUUUGUCAUGCAACCACCGAGCGAUGACGCCAUCCCUGGCCUGUUCGCGGAGGAGGACAAGUCCAAGAUCGUCAAGGUCGAUAAGUGGGGCCAGAAUAACAGAGUAGUCAUCUUCAAGACGGUGGAGGAUCGUGACGGUGCCUUGGAUCGCUUGCCUCAGGAAUACAAGUCUCGUGGCACUGGCUCGGACGACCGCUCGAAGCCGCUCAUCAAGGUUUUCAACCCUCCUGCGUCGAGGCCGUUUAACACCCGUGGCGGCGCUGGUACAUGGGCCAGCAGCAGAGGUGGUAGGGAAGGUACCCAGAGCGGAUACCGCAGCGCUGGCGGCGGAACUGCUAGCGACAGUGAAGGCGCUGGUCGUCGCGGAGGUCGCGGAGGUUCCAGAGGCGGCCGUGGUGGUGAGCGCGGUGGACGUGGCUCGCGCCGUGGGGGGUUGAAGGGUGACGGAAGCCCGGCUACGACCUCCGCUACCCCGGCUGACUCUUAGGACGCGAAAGCUGUGGAGUCAAAAACCAAGGACCCGGAGAAAGGUUCUGAGAAAGGUUCGAACAAAGGUUAGUUCAGAACAUCAAAACCUUGAAGAAAAUCAUCAGACAAUCACGAAUCGACAGCGUGAGAUGCUGGUGUUUAAGUCGACCCUAAUCAAUGACGCCUUGGUGUUGUGGGAUGGGAAAAGGUGCGCUAGCGGAUAGAUUUAACCCUGGCGAAUGUCGUUGAAGG